GUUGACACCAGCCGAAUUGUUCAUAUCCAUUCUGUGAUCAUCCUGCGCCGCUCUGAUAAGAGAAAAGACCGUGUGGAAAUUUCACCAGAGCAGCUUUCAGCUGCUUCUACUGAAGCAGAGAGAUUGGCUGAAAUCACGGGACGUCCCAUGAGAGUUGUGGGCUGGUAUCACUCUCAUCCUCACAUUACUGUCUGGCCGUCGCACGUCGAUGUCCGCACACAAGCUAUGUAUCAGAUGAUGGACCAAGGUUUUGUAGGGCUUAUCUUUUCCUGCUUCAUUGAGGACAAAAACACAAAGACGGGCAGAAUUCUCUACACCUGUUUCCAGUCCAUUCAAGCCCAGAAGAGCUCAGAAUAUGAAAGGAUUGAAAUUCCUAUUCAUGUUGUCCCCCAUGAAACUAUUGGGAAAGUGUGUCUGGAAUCAGCUGUAGAGCUGCCCAAGAUCCUUUGUCAAGAAGAGCAGGAUGCCUAUAGGAGAAUUCACAGCCUCACCCAUCUAGACUCUGUAACCAAGAUUCAUAAUGGCUCAGUGUUCACAAAGAACCUCUGCAGCCAGAUGUCUGCCAUCAGUGGGCCGCUUCUUCAAUGGCUGGAGGACAGACUAGAGCAGAACAAUCAGCGGGUGCAGGAGCUGAAGCAGGAGAAAGAGCAGCUCCUGGAGGAACUAGCUGCUCUAGAGUGAAGGAGGAAAUGCAGACCCUUCAGAAAAGAGAUGAAAAAAAAUCUCUACAAGACCUACUCCUGGCUGAAGGGUAGCCCUACAUUGCCUUACAGUGAAGAUACUAGCUGUGCCUCUUCUCUUGCCCCAUGCAGCAAAGAGAACUUCUACAGGGUAAGGGCUUUAUCUUCUCCGGCUUGAUGGAAAGCAGUGGUAUGUCUCCAGGUGCUGCAUGAUGCAAUGCAAUUCUAGCUC